GCUCGGUAGUCGGUGCUUGGUUACUACCACCAUCAGUCCGUAACUAAAAUAACGUCGAUUCCCUCUCGCAUUUAUUUACAGUUUGUUCACGCUGCGUUUCGUACACGAUCGCGUAAGUAAAGUAAAAUACACGAGUGUAAUGUUACCACGCGAUAUUCGCGUAUAAUUCAUACUGGUGCUUGAUUUUUUUUCGCAAAUGCUGUCGCAUUCGUAUUUCUCGUAAAUAUUUUCGCGAUGUUUUCGGUGUGAAAAUCGGUAAGUGCGUAUCGAUCUCGUUCGGAAAAACCUGCAGCGACGCGAUGAAUUCGCUCGAUAUCGUCAACUUCGACGACACAGACAUCACCAAGAUGAAAUUGCCCAAAGACAUCGACUUCGAUUCGAUGAACGGAUUUUCCGACAUUAGCAUCAAAGAUACGCUCACCACCAGGAACGAACGUAAUAUAAAACCUAAACGUGAUACAAGCCGAAAAGAAGAAUGUGUUUCUGUCGCAGUUCGUUGUCGUCCGAUAAGCCAAAAGGAAAAACUAGCUGGCCACACUCAGGUGGUGGAAAUGUGGCCGGAUCAAGGCACCGUGAUAAUUCGUAACCCUAAACCGGACCAUAAAGAUCCUGUGAAAACAUUCACUUUCGACGCCGUCUACGACUGGAACUCCAAACAGCACGAACUUUACGACGAAAUGGUCAGACCUCUGGUCGAAUCUGUCCUGAACGGCUUCAACGCCACUAUUUUCGCCUACGGUCAAACCGGUACUGGUAAAACGUACACGAUGGAAGGGUGCAAAACCGCCAACAACGAUGGUCUAGACGAACGUGGAAUUAUACCUAAAUCAUUCGAGCAAAUUUUCACGCAUAUUUCACGUACCACCGACAAACAGCAUUUAGUGCGUACUUCGUAUUUGGAAAUAUACCAAGAAGAGAUCCGCGAUCUACUCGAUAAAGAUCCGAAAAAACGCUACGAGCUGCGUGAAAGCAAAGAAAUAGGCGUUUACGUAAAAGGUCUUCAGUCUUUCGUUUGUAAAAGCGUCAAAGAAAUCGAGCACGUUAUGAACGUCGGAAAUCGCAAUCGUACGAUCGGCGCUACCGACAUGAACGAGCACAGUUCCAGAUCUCACGCUAUUUUCAUGAUAACCGUGGAAAUGAGCGAUUUAAACGGUACCAAAUCGCAAGUCAGAGUUGGUAAAUUGAACCUAGUAGAUUUGGCCGGAAGUGAACGUCAAGCGAAAACAGGAGCCACCGGUGAUCGACUCAGGGAAGCGAGCAAAAUCAACCUCUCGUUGUCUGCUCUUGGUAACGUGAUUUGCGCACUGGUUGACGAAAAAUCCCCCUAUAUUCCGUACAGAGAUUCCAAAUUGACUAGAUUACUACAAGAUUCGCUAGGUGGUAAUUCGAAAACGCUUAUGGUGGCUAAUAUAGGUCCGGCUAGUUAUAAUUACGAUGAAUCUUUAACCACGUUACGAUACGCUAAUCGCGCUAAGAAUAUACAGAAUCAGCCUAGAAUCAACGAAGACCCCAAAGACGCCCUGAUACGUCAAUACCAAGAAGAAAUCGAACGUUUGAAGACUUUACUGACUGGUCGUUCUCAGAAGACUAAAAAUCGAGAUUUCCAACGCGAAGAAGACGAACUGAACGAGAAAAAGGCUAGCAUACUGAUGAAAGAAAACGAAUCCGAGGAAGAGAAACUCAAACAACUCAAGGUCAUCGAAGAAAAACGUAAACAAAUCGAAGAAGAACGUAAAUACUCUCAAGAGCUAAACGAGAAGAUAAAAUCGAUGGAAAGUAAACUCCUGCAAGGUGGCAAGAAUAUCAUAGAUCACACCAACGAGCAACAAAAAGCCUUGGAAAAACGUAUGGCUGAAAUCAGCGAACGUAAGCAGCAAAGUAUCCAAAUGCAAAAACGUCUCGAACAGGUCGAAGAGUCAGCCGAAAUGAUGCGUCAAUCGUACUCCAACCUACUCGAAGAAGUCGACUUCAAGAAAAAACAACUCUCCAAGAUCUUGGCCAAAUGUCAACGUAUCAAACAAGAGAUCUCGGACACGGUCGAAGAACAUAGUCAGAAUCGCCAAGACUUGGAGGUAUCGCAGAACAACAUGCUCAAAGAGAUCAAACUAAAUCGAAUGAUCAUCGAUAACUUCGUUCCGCCGGAGGAGCGUAAAAACGUCGAGGACAGGCUGCUGUUCGACGAAGACGAAAAAACAUGGCGUCUCCUACCCGACGACAAUAUCUCCUACGCUGUGGGUCGUCUCGUCGCCAACCCUUCGUUCCGCAGACCGACCUGCGAAUACACCAAAGACCAACUAACCUCUCGUAAUUUCCAAGUCGGUGGCGAAAACGUCAUUUUGCUCGAACUCGAGCCACUCGAAAGAACCACCAAAGAUUACGAAACGACUGCGAUACCAUCAUCGUUGAAACUCAUGCUGCAAUCGGCCCUCAAAGAGGAAGAAGAUAUCGAAAUCUACGCUCCUCCGAGUCGCAGCAGUAGUCGAGUUCGUGAUCGAUCACGUGGCACGAGUGCGGUUCGCGGGGCUUCCGGUGUCGUUCGUAAUGGCAAAUUUUACCCUCAACCCAGAGGACUCGUUCCCAAAUAAAAGGCUAGUCAGAAGGUAGCCCUAAUGAAAGGCUGUUAAGGUUAGAAAAGCGAAUAAAAUAUACAUAUCAAGGACGCACAAAAAUUUGAAAUACAAACAAUUCAAAGGUCGCGUCGCCAUCGUAGAAAAUUUACCUACUUUCGUGUCGAGUACCGCUUUCCCGUGACGUAUGAUUCGAUUUAUUAAAUAAUUAAACAGAUAUCGUACGUGAUAAAAAUAACAUUCCAACUCGUUCGAGUACCUUUUCUAAUUCGCCACAUUACGAUGAAUUUUCAUUUUGAAGAAAUUUAUCGCAGAAUAGAUAAUACUCGUGAGUCUAGGUACCUUUAUCUAAUCAAUUUUGACCUUACAUAACAUCUACUUUGCCCUCUCACCCUCUUAUUCUUCUCAGACUGUAAGUUAGGUACCUUUCAAACGAAAUGAUUUUGUUGAAAAAAAUCCUCACUCUCUUGAUAGGGGAAGGGGAUGGUUACCUAAAAAAUCUUAGCCCAAAUUACAUUGACUAGAGUGCAAAAAAUAGACUAUUUUUGUAAAUAUUUUUGUUGCGUUUUUUUCUUUUUUUAAUUCGGUUUAAGCGAGUGUAAUUUUCGUUUUUACGAUUAUGAAAGAUAAAAGUUGAAAUAUUUCUGCUUCAUCAUUUUUAUAUAGUCAAUAUAUUACGAGUAAUUUUCAUUCGAAGUGUUUUUAUUAUUUUUGUUAUUAGAAAAUACCUAGCUAUUUUUACGUAGACUUUUUUUUAUUACCUACUCGAUAAUUAUACGUAGUAGCACAAAAUAAUAAAGAAGAACCGGUGCUUUUGUUUUUUGUUUAACGAGUGGCUCGUGGCUUAUUAUUUUUUAAUAUGGUUACCAUCGAAAGGGGUUUCCUUUUUGUUAAUUUUUGAAUUCGUGCUAUGUUUUUUUAUUGCUCGCCAAUUACGUAUAAUAUUUUGUAUUCGGAUAUUUAUGUAUGUGUUGUAUUGUAAGCGAACUGUGUAUGUAAUUUUUACAAUGUCGGCGGUAGCAUGUUGUUUGUAUAAUGGUAGCUUUUUUUUCAGUGUUUAGUUUCAUUUAUCGCUCGACAUUACUUUCCAAUGUUUUCCCCCUUGGUAUUUUUAGAUCUCUUAAUUGUGUACUAGUCAUACGACUGCUGUAUUUUUACGAUGAAUAAAUUAUUAUGUUUUUCUUUC